AUGAGGUCUUUCGCUCCCCUAGUACUAAGCCUUCUCGGGGCUACUGCGGCUGUCCAUGCUUCAGAGCCCGCUGAAGUUGCCGACGCCGAUGCCAAUGUCGUCACAUUGACAACCGAUACCUUUGACGACUUCGUCAAGGAGCACCCUUUGGUGCUCGCUGAGUUCUACGCGCCUUGGUGCGGUCACUGCAAGGCUCUUGCCCCCAAGUAUGAGGAGGCUGCCACCGAGCUCAAGGCCAAGGAUAUUCCCUUGGCUAAGAUUGACUGUACCGUAGAGGAGGAUCUAUGCCGUACCUACGAGGUUGAUGGCUACCCUACCCUCAAGGUUUUCCGUGGCCCCGAUUCUCACAAGCCCUACGCCGGUGCCCGUAAGACGGACGCAAUCGUCUCAUACAUGACCAAGCAGUCAAUGCCCGCCGUCUCAAGCGUGAACGAGGAGAACCUGGAGGAAUUCAAAGCCCUGGACAAGAUUGUGAUCAUUGGCUACGUCGCCUCCGAUGACAAGACCGCCAACGAGAGCUUUACUUCCUUCGCCGAGUCCCAGCGUGACAACUUCCUUUUCGCCGCAUCCAACGACGCUGCUCUUGCUAAGACUGAAGGUGUUAAGCAACCUUCCAUCGUUCUCUACAAGGACUUCGACGAGAAGAAGGCUAUUUACGAUGGCAAGCUUGAGGAUGAGGCCAUCCUCAACUGGGUCAAAACCGCUAGCACUCCUCUUGUUGGCGAGCUCGGUCCCGAGACCUACUCCAAGUACAUGGCGGCCGGUAUCCCCCUGGCUUACAUUUUUGCCGAGACCCCAGAGGAGCGUGAGCAGUUCGCUGCUGACUUCCGCCCUAUCGCUGAGAAGCACCGUGGAGACAUCAACAUCGUCACUCUCGAUGCUAAGCUCUUUGGUGCCCACGCCGGUAACCUGAACCUCGAACCCGAGAACUUCCCCGCUUUCGCUAUCCAAGACGUUACCAAGAACGCUAAGUACCCCUACGAUCAGACCAAGAAGGUUGAUGCCAAGGAGAUCGGCAAAUUCAUCAAGAACGUCCUUGAGGGCAAAGUUGAACCCAGUGUCAAGUCUGAGCCUAUUCCCGAGACCCAAGAAGGCCCUGUCACCGUCAUUGUCGGCCGCAACUUCCAGGAGGUUGUCAUUGACAAUGAGAAGGAUGUCCUGGUUGAGUUCUACGCUCCUUGGUGUGGACACUGCAAGUCUCUUGCCCCCAAGUACGAGGAGCUCGCUGCUCUGUACGCCGACGUUCCCGAGUUCAACGAGAAAGUCACCGUCGCCAAGGUCGACGCCACUGCCAACGAUGUGCCCGAUUCCAUCACUGGCUUCCCCACCAUCAAGAUCUACCCCGCUGGUGCUAAGGAUUCCCCUAUUGAGUACGCUGGUUCUCGUACCGUUGAGGAUCUUGUUACCUUCAUUAAGGAGAACGGCAAGUACCAGAUUGAUGGUCUUGCUAACGGCGCUAAGAAGCCCGAGGAGGGUGGUGACAUUACUUCGUCCCCUGCUCCUAAGGCCACUGAGGAUGCUGACAACGUUGACGGUCACGAUGAGCUUUAA